UCCGUGUUCGGUAUAGUUUAGAGGCAGUUAUUCGCUUUACUCCGUGUUGUCGACUUCAGUGUUAUUGUCGAGUGGAGCCGCGCCGCGGAGGUCGCGCCAUACGUUCGGAUCACGCCACCGCGUCCUUUUGUAAUUUAAACGUUCGUUUUCCGAUGAGUUAAGUGAGGUUCUAUAGGCAUUUGUUUGUGUCACGCACUUUGAGGAAUAACUGUAGUUGCAACGAUGUCGGCUUUUAACGUGGUACUGGGGUGCGUGAUGGCGCUUCUACUUAUUCUGUUCACAAUAAGUUCAAUCGCGAGGUACUAUAUAAAGUUCACAAUAUUCACGGUGUUGUGUUUGAUAUUCGCGACCGCUCCAAUGCCAUUGAUGUUGUUCAGACCAUUUAGUCCGAAGAAUGCUCUGAUACCAGCAGCACUGUUACGAAUCUCCGCGCGGAUGCUCGGCCUUCGCUGGAAAGUGCGGGGGUUAGAGAAUGUGGACAACUCGCGCGGAGCUGUAAUUUUGUUAAAUCAUCAAAGCGCCCUAGACCUUUACGUUCUCGCGGUGUUGUGGCCGCUUAUGGAAAGGUGCACGGUUGUGUCUAAACGCUCCCUGCAAUACCUGGUGCCGUUUGGAACUGCCACCUGGCUCUGGGGCACAGUGUUUAUAGACAGGGGGGCACAGUCCGCGCGCGAGGCCCUGAACAAGCAAGCAGAGGCUAUUCAAGUUCAUAAGCGGAAAUUGCUGCUGUUCCCGGAGGGCACGCGUCAUUCCGGUGACAAGUUGUUGCCAUUCCGCAAAGGCGCGUUCCACGUGGCGAUGAGCGCGGGCGCCCCUAUACAACCGGUUGUCGUUUCCAAGUACCACUUCCUCGACUCCGACCGACACCGUUUUGGGUCAGGAGAAUAUAUUAUUACUGUAUUGCCCUUGAUUGAGACUAAAGACUUGGGAAAAGAUGACAUAACUUCACUAGUCGAGAAGACUCAGAUGAAAAUGCAGGAAGAGUUCGCGAGGAGUUCGUCGGAGACACUCCCGCGCCGUGUCCUUCGGUCUAGAGCCGAUUAAAUGGCAAAUUAAUGGGUAUUGCGGGAAUUAUGUACCCAAGUGUAAAAAAGCUGUGAUAAACAAAGUAAUAGAAAGAACUACAUUAUUUACUGAUGAAACUUCGAUGUUGAAAGUUGUGUUAUAAGUAUGUAUUUAUUAUACAAUAAAUUUAGUUAAAAACAUAAAAA